ACAGAUCGCUGGGUCACCAGCGGAAACACAGGCAGCUGCAGGUGGUGCGACAGGAAGAGGAGACACUGUCAAUCCAGGGCGAGCUCCUCACACACAGAACCCAGGAGGCAAUGGAGCGGGACAAAGAAUACGUCGGAUUCGCAACCCUCCCCAACCAGGUCCAUCGCAAGUCGGUGAAGAAGGGCUUUGACUUCACCCUGAUGGUGGCAGGUGAAUCUGGGCUGGGGAAGUCCACGCUCAUCGACAGCCUGUUCCUGACGGACCUGUACAAGGAGCGGAUCAUCCCAAACGCUGAUGAGCGCAUCAUAAAGACGCUUGAGAUCACGAAACACGCGGUAGACAUUGAGGAGAGAGGGGUGAGAGUCAAACUGACCAUCGUGGACACACCCGGGUUUGGUGAUGCAGUGGAUAAUUCUGGUUGCUGGAAGCCCAUCGUCACCUACAUCGACGAGCAGUUUGAACAUUACUUCCGCGACGAGAGUGGCCUGAAUCGGAAGAACAUCCAGGACAAUCGCGUCCACUGUCUCCUCUACUUCCUCUCCCCACUGGGGCACGGUGUCCGCCCCCUGGACAUUGAGUUCAUGAAGGCGGUCCACGAGAAGGUCAACAUCGUGCCCGUGAUCGCCAAGGCCGACACCCUGACCCCCGCCGAGGUGAAGCGGACCAAGUACAAGAUUCGCCAGGAGAUCGAUGAACACGGGAUUAACGUCUACCAGUUCCCCGAGUGUGAUUCCGACGAGGACGAGGAUUUCAAGCAACAGUACGCGGAGCUGAAGAACAGCAUACCCUUUGCGGUGAUAGGCAGCAGCACUCUCAUCGAAAGCAAAGGGAGGGAGGUUCGAGGAAGACUCUACCCCUGGGGUGUUGUGGAGGUGGAUGAUCCCACACACUGCGACUUUGUGAAGCUGAGGAACAUGCUGAUCCAGACCCACAUGCAGGACCUGAAGGACGUCACUCAGGAGGUCCACUACGAGAAUUACCGAGCCGAGUGUAUACAGAGCAUGACGCGCAUCGGAGCCAAAGAUCGCAGCCGCACAAAGAUUUCUCGUCAGAGUAUGUCUGAGCUCUCCAUCUCCAUGCUUCCUCUCGCCGAGACAGAGAAGCUCAUUCGCGAGAAGGACGAAGAGUUGAGACGGAUGCAGGAAAUGCUGCAGAAAAUGCAGCAGCAAAUGCAAGAGUCGCAGGGGCAGCAGUCCGAUGCACUCUGAGUUCAGAAGAGGCCCCCGCAGCAACGGACAGCUCCAGGGAUCUACCACUCAACACCAGCUCAACAGGGCCAGGAGGCUUUGUCAGGUGAAACAGGCCCUGAUUCAUCCAGCGCCGUGUUAGACUGUAUCUCUACUGAUGUUAAUCCAGCUCCCUCACACUGUCACUCAGUAACCCCUCUCCCCCCAGUGCCCUGUGUUACUGACUGUAUCUCUACUGAUGUUAAUCCAGCUCCCUCACAC